AUGGGGAGUCGGGCGCCUUCAUUGCGUCGAGCCUCAUUGAUGCGCUUCGUCAUCAAAAGGAGCAGCAGGGGGCCGGGAGGGGAGCUGACGAACAGGGCCGCUAGCGCUGCGGGGUUCUUGUAUGCCUCUUCCACAUCCGACGGAUCCUCCUUGACGACUUCUUGUGCGCGAGACUCCUAAAAGGCCGAUCCGAUUCAAAGCCUGAUCCUGCCCUCUCCAGAGCCCGUCAAGGAAGGCAACUUUUUCCAAGCGUCUUUGGCAGCCUGA